AUGGUUGUACAGAUUGUAUUGCGAGGGACGGCGCGGCGCGGCGCGGCGCGGGCCCCCGGCGCAUCUGCAGCCAUGAGCGGCCCACAGCCGGGAUUUCUUGGAACCUACAACAGCCUUACAGACAAACACUUGGCUGGAUAUUUCAGCAAUAGGAGGAUAAGACAACAUCUGCAGAGAUCAGGAUUGAUCUCAAAGAGUGGAAGAAUAAUACCUGAGAAAGAAUACCGGCUAAAUGCUAUGAGGAGGGAUCACCAAAAAUACGUACAGGAGUGCCUGGCUCAGGCCAUAUUUCAUAAGGUCCUUGAUAUGGAGCGUCAUCAUCAGCUGGAAAUAAAAAGGAAACUUGAAAAUUUUGUGAGGAAGGAAAGAGUGCAAAAAAUCACGGUGGAACAUUCCAGAAGGUCUGUGGAAAAUGCUAACCCUGUGCUUUCCCCACAUCCACCACUUGGUCCAAGAAAUCACUAUGGGCUGCUUCCUUUAGUGGCUGGAGAACGAGCUAGUCGUUCACAAUUAAAGACACCCAGACUUCUAGUUGAUCUUAACACUGGACAUUCUUCUCAUCAGCACCAACUCAAGGAGUCUGCAUUUUUUGAGAUGACUUCCGCCUGUCGACCGAAUACUGCUCCAGGAAAUAUGCAAGGCCCACUUCGACUACAGCCACUUCGCAGCUGUGCUGCAUUACGGUCUGUACCAAAGACUUCAAACUCUAAACAGAGGAGCCCCACACUUGAAAACGAUCAACAGUUUGUCGGUGGGGGGGAGAAGAGUAGGUUAAGACUUAUGAACUCAAUGGAAUAUGUGACUGGUAUAUCCCCAUAUCGACUCCCCAUCAUUGACAAUUACAUGAUACCAGUGCCACCUCCCCCCCUGCAAAAACGAGGCAAGAGUGUAAAAGCAGUGAGAAAUAGGAUGCCCAGAAGAAGACGAUUUCGUCCUACCACUGCACCAAAUGAUUUAGAACAACUUUUAACAGAGAAUUCUGGAAAAUUCCAUAAGCCCUCAUUACGCAGCAAUGCAUUUGUUACCAUGAUCUUUUUAGGAAAAAGUGUGCAUUUAUCUUAUGAUGAUACUGAUUACAGAGAUGAAAUCAAAGUCUAUCAGCAGCACUGUGGAGGAGAAAACCUUUGUGUUUACAAAGGCAAGCUAUUGGAAGGAGAGACCUUUCAGUUCAUCUCAAAAAGGCACCAUGGUUUCCCAUUCAGCCUCACAUUUUUUCUCAAUGGGAUGCAGGUGGACAGAUUGAGCUCUUGCUGUGAGUACAAACAUCAGAAGCAUUCCAGGCUGGGAGGCAGACAUGGAUAUUUUGGUUUCCUCAAUGUGGAGAGGGCAUCUCCUUGCUACAGGUGCAUUAUUGCAAUGGGCCUGGAUAAAAAGCCAUCCCCUCCCAAGAGAAAGAUGGAGGAGGACCAUGAAAAGCAAGCAGGUUCUCUGAGAGAUGAAGUGCAUAGGGAGCCAAAUGAAAGGAGUGUUGAGCAGAAAACAGGCAAAAAAAAAUCAAUGUUAGUCAUUUUAUCAGGUCAUGGAACAAGUGAGGAACCUGUGGAGGACAAAAUGGAGACAGGAAAGGAGUACAGAAGACAAGAAAUGAAAGAACUAUCUGAUCGUGAAACUGAAGAUAGUCAGGAAGAUUCUGGUAAAAAUGACUAUGAUGAAGAUUUUGAAGCAGAUGAAGAAGGACAGACUGAUCAAAUGAAUGGAAUGUCAAAGGCAUUCUCAGAUGAUGAGAAAGAUAAUUUAGACCGUGAAAAAGAGAGUAGAAACUCAUCACAGAAGGCAAUGCAGACCUCUGACGGUGAGAAAGAUGAAAAUGAUGGAUAUUCUGACAGUGAUUCAGAGGAUAAUAAACAAGAUAGGAGGUCUGCACACUCCCUCUCAUCCAUGAGUACUCCAUAUAGCAGUGAAGAUGACUCCGCUGAAAAGAUCAAAGAUAAUGUUAAGGGCCAUGAGGAGCAUAAUAUCGAAAGGGCAUCUGAUAACACAGCUCACACAUGUUAUACAAAUGAGAAUGGGGAGAAUAAACUACUCAGAAUGGAGGACAAUCUGGAAAUUUUUGCACUGGAAAAGGAAGGAAUAGAUGAAGCAGAAAAGACAGAAACAGAAGAUAUAAUAGUACGGGAAAACGAUGAAAUUUUUCAUGGAAAUAUAAUGGCAAUACAGCAUCAAGAUCCUGAAGUUAACGGAGAACUCAAACAGAUUGAGUCAGUAGAAAGUUACACAAUGGAAGAUAGGGAGAAGAAUGCAUGUAACAGGAAGGAGGAUGGGGAGGAAGAUGUCCUAGUGUCUUUGGAAAGCAAUAUGAUGAAAGUGGAGAAUAGAAGUGAAGAGUCUCCUCAGAGUGAUGGAGGUGAUUGCAAAUCAGUCCAAGAGAAAAUAGCAGAGGCAACUGAAAAUGAUCAUCACAUGGAUUCUGAACUUGAACCUAACGAUUCCAGAACAGAUGAGAAAGAAGAGAACUUAACAAGCAUGAAGUGUGAUAUCAAUGAAGCAUCAGAUGGAUCUUUCUUGGGAGAAGAGACAAAAACACUUGAAAUACAAAAGGCAGUAGAACAAGAGGUACAAGAAGGACAGAUGGUGGGGGAGAAACAGGCACUUGAGAAGGAAAAUUUUGUAACUGGGGAAGGAGAUGUUCACAUUGAAGAGGCAGGACAAGAAAUGGUAUUAGAGGGAGAUUUGCUAUCCAAGCAAGAAAGUCAGAUUGCUGUAGAAGAAUCUGCACCUGGGGAGAGGGCCAUGACAGAAGAAGAUCCAAAAGAGAAGGAGACAGGAAGAAGUGGAGAGGUGACAUUUGGGGAGCAAGAAGUUUUGAAGAAUGUGAAGCAGGGUGAGGAAGCACUGAAAAGGCAAACACUUCAGGUAGAAGAGGUGGUAGGGGCAGUGUUAUUCAUAGGCAUGGAAGCAGAUGGAGCAGUAUCUGAGGUGGAUCAAGUAGCUGAAGAAGCCUCUGAGAGAGAAGAGGCAGUGCAAGAAGGCUCUGAGGCAAAGAAGAUGGUGAGUGAGAGAGUGUCAGAGGCAGAGGAGGCUGUGGAGAAGGGAAAUUUUGCAGGGAAGGAUGUUGUGGAGGUUGCUGUGUCUGAGGGAGAGGAGGCUGUGGAAGAUGCAAACUUGGCAGAAGAGAUUGUGAGGGUGACAGGCCCUGAAGGAGAAGAGGCUAUGGAGGAAGCCAUUUCUGAAGGAGAGGAGGCUGUGGAGAAGCCUGGGGCUCUACUAGAAAUAUUAGGGGAGAUGAAAGGUUGCACAGGAGAAGCAGAACCUGGAAGAAAAGAGUCUGAAAAACCAAAGGAAUUUCCCCAGCUGAAAACAGCAAGGGAAGAGUGGAUGGAGAUGGGGAAAGCUGCCAUGAUGUCUGAGGCAGAUGAACCAUCCGAGGUAGAAGAGAGCUCUGUCCUGAGAGCAGAAGAUGCAGUGGAGGAAUCUGUGGAGUCAGGCAAGUGUUCCUUCUUACAUGUAGCUCCUGGGCUAGAGGCAUUGGUGGAUGCUGGAAGGGUUUGCAUAAGUGAAGGCUCAUCUCAACUGGAGGAGAUGGCAACAGCAGAGGAGGAGGAAGUCUUAGCAGGAGCAGAUAAAGCAGCACUUUUGAGGGGAAACCCAUCUCUGGGCAGCGAAACACAGACAGACAGAGCAAUGGAAGAAAAGACUGAUAAGGGGGUGAUGGGAGAAUCUGCAGAGAAAGCCGCAGCAGAGUCAGGAUGUGCAGAGGAGGUCGCAGAUGGAGCAGCAGGUCUGAGGGAGCUGGCAGCUGGAAUGGAGGAAUUGCUGGAGACUGCGGUAGGGAAAAUGAUGGAGAAGUUGGUGUUGGACAUGGAGAUGCCUCUUGCUAAAGAGGUGAUAGCUACAUCAGAAAUGCCUGUAGAAGAACUAAAUGAGAGUGCUGCUGGGGAGGUGGGGACGGUGACCAGCACAGUGGUGGGGAAGGAGAGUGAGAUUGGGGGAACCAUGGUAGGUGAUCAGGCAGCAGCAAGAAGGAUGGUUUUGGCUGAAGAAGCUGCAGUGGGAGGAGUGGUGGUGGGAACCGUGCUAGAUGCAGUGGUGGUGGGGGAUGGCAAAAGACUGGAGGGAGGGACGGCCAACAGUGCAGUGGUGCUGGAGGGGGUGGAAGGGGCAGUGCGAUGGAUGGAAACAGUGGAUGUGAGUGCCCAAGUGGUAGUUGAGGGGGUGGCAGCAGAAGGCCUUGAGGUGGCUGCGGAAACUGGAAGGGACAGGACAGAGGUGGCUGGGAGGGCAGCAGCAGUGCCCAAAGGAACGGCACAGGACUGCGGAGUAGUGGCUGAGGAAGAGCAGACCAGCAUGGCGGAGGCUGAAGGACUGGUGGCCGCGAGGGUGGCAAUGGAGGGAGAUGCAGCAGCUGGAGGAGAUGGCCUGAGUGUAACGGUGGCUGAGGCCGCAUCGAUAGGAGGAGCAGGAAGGCCUGAGGGAGCUAUACUGGAUGGACAGGGGGUGGCCAAGGAAUGCACAGUGGAGCGAGAGGGUCCAAGGGACGUGUCCGCGGUGAGGGAGAUCAAGUCAGAGGAUGCAGCAGGCAGCAGCAGUGUAGGAAAUAGUGGAGCAAUGCUCUGGAGUGAGGAGACAGCAGAAACAUCAUCGCUGCUGGAGGAAGCUGAAGCAGCAGCUACCUCGCAUGGCCAGAAGAAGGCCGGACCUCGGGAGGGCCUAGAGGCAGGGAAGGCUGGACUGGAGGAACGAGAGAUGGCAGAAGACACCGUAUCUGGGAAGUGUGUGGAAGCACAAGGAGCUUUGUCCAUCAGGGAUAAACUGAUGACAGAAACAUCACUGAAUGUCCCAGGGCAUCGAGACGGGGCAGCAGUGCCUGGAGGAAGAGGUUUAACAGAAGUGGGACUGCACCAGGGUGCAGUGGAGGAGGAGGUGGCAGCUCUUAAGACAGUGAUAACAGAGAGAAAUCUUAAUGGAAAUGAUGGACCAAUUGAGGGAGAAACAGGACAGGUAGGGGUGAAAAUUGAACGGAAACAGCCAGACAUCUGUGAAAACACCAAGGAGAGAGAAGUAGAAGGUGUCACAGAAAAUGCACAAAGCAUUUCAGGAACUAGGGAGCUGCUUGAAGUGCAGCAAAGGAAGGGAAGUCCUGAACGAGGGCAUGAAAACACACCAGGAGCCUCCAUCAUGGAAAAGAGAAACUGAGAUCUGUGAAAGAAUGUUCUGAAACUGGCAGACUUGUGCCCUCGAUGCAAUCCCGGGAUGUGGAAGAAACUCUCUGCUAAGCAUUCUCUGCAGCUCCUUCAGUGCUGUUUUCUGUAAUGUUUAUACAAAUCACUGGAGACUUGUGCCAGUUGGGAUGUUCGCUCAUCCUUUAUUUUACUCUGUGUAACUCCAUGGGCCUGUCUGCUGUUAAACUGCUGCAGACCUAGUGAAAGUACAGGAAGAAUCUUCAGUUUAAUGCUGUGUUCAGCUCCGUGUUGGCCGGGCACUCCGUUGAGGGCACUGAGAUCCUUCCAGGCGAUGUUUUCAUAGCUGUUGCAUGUGUUCACCAGCAGAAUUCCUAAUGAAAGCUGAAAGAUGCUCUCCUCCUAUAUUUGGCUUCACUUGAAGCCAAAUACUGCAUAUUCUAUAACUUGUGUUUUCAGAUUGGGAAAUGGAAUUAGCAGAAUUUUAAGUGUAUUGUUACUCUAAAUUAUUUAUGAUCAUUAUACAUGGGAUAAGAAAUUUAAGUGUGAUCAAGUAAUUUGUAUUUGUUUCUUCCUGCACUGAAGACAGCUGGAUUUGUAUUUUCAAUCUAGAUACCAGAAACUACUUUGAAAGAGAAAAGCUGACAAAACUGUAUUACAGAAUAUGAUUAUGAAAAGCUAAUAAUAGAGUAAUUUUGCAGUAAUCAGCAGCUUAAAUGAACACAUAUGGUGAUCCUGGAUGGUACAGUAGAAUUGUUUAUUCUAUGCAAGAUACGCAGUACUUACUUAGAAAGCAUGUAUUGGAGUUUUGACUAUUCAACAGUGACCUUUUUAUGUAACGAGAAACUAUCCAUAAAAUUAGUAAUAGAUUAUUUGCAGGACCAGGACAUUUUCAGUGUUGUUCAAUAAGAAAAUUGCUGUGAAUGGAUAAUGUAUGUUUACAUAUUUUACAGUUGAAUACACCUGGUAUGUGAAAUGUUCUGAAUUUAAAUUAAUGUAAAUGAUCUUCCUGAGGGGUUCCUUUUUUCUGUAUACAUACGCACACUUGCACAUUUACUUUGAUCUAUAAAAAAAGCUGUAUCAGUCUAUGUAGUCCUUUGAAGUUUUGCAAAUGAUUUCAUUGUAAGAAUAAUAC